AUGUCCAAUAGGCAAAGUUUCCGGGAGGUAUUGUUGCAGCUUGUCUGCCUGAAUUGCCUUAUCACUAAGUCGUAUUUGCUGUGUGUGCCCGGAGCACACGUGUUUUGUAAUAUUCAAUCUCUAACUUCUGUGCGUUUGAUCAUGUCUGUAACGAAGCCGAAAGUAACUGACGUUUUCACCAGUGAGACAAUCGUAUUUAGUGAUGAUGGUGGCUGGUGUUGGUUUGAAUCGCCUGGUGCUCUUCAAUAUGGUUCCAUGCUUUUAAUAGGAUCAGUUGCGUCUGGUGGUCAUGACAAAAAUCGUUGUGGUAAUGUUGAACUGCACGUCCAUGAUUGCUUAACUCAAAUGACAGAAACUAUCGUUCUGCAUGAUCAAUUUGAAUUGGAUGAUCAUGAUGGGCCGGCUUUGUUAAUAAGACCAGAUGGUCGUUUAUUGAUUUUGUAUGCAAAGCAUGGUACAGAAUCACAUAAUUAUUCGCGUCUUUCUCUUCCCGAUACAAAAUCGUUCAACCAGUUUGGUCCAGUUCAACUUUAUACACCAUCAACAGCAACUGAGCUUACAUAUGCAAAUUUAAUACUUCUUCCGAAUGAAUCCAAUCGUAUUUAUGAUUUCUUUCGCGGUCUUCAUGGUUCGUUCAAACCAUCUUACCUCUACUCCGAUGAUCUUGGAACCAGUUGGCAUAAUGGUAAUGUUUACAUCAACGUCCCUUCUACGAUCAAACACAGACCCUACGUACGAUAUACUUCGAAUGAACGAGAUACUAUCCACAUGAUCUAUACGGAAGGGCAUCCGCGAGAUUAUGAUAAUAGUUUAUAUCAUAUUUAUUAUCGUUCUGGUGACCUAUACCAAUCGGAUGGUAUAAAACUAAGUUCGCUACAGGUUGGACUUGAUUCGCCUGAUCAGGGCACAAAAGUUUAUCAAGGCGAUUCACAACAUGUUGCGUGGAUAGUCGAUCUUAUUCUAGAUCGCAAUGAAUAUCCUGUAUGUAUUUACAGUGUUCAAUACAAUUCUGAGGGACUUCCUGUUGGUCAAGGCGGUGAUGAUAUACGAUACAGAUAUGCACGAUGGAACGGUUCUAUUUGGCAGAAUUUUUCACUUGCUUAUGCCGGUUGCCGUUUAUAUUCAGGUGAAGAUGAUUAUACUGGUUUAGCUGUAAUUGAACCAGAUGAUCCAACGGUUGUGUAUAUCUCAACGAAUAGCGAUCCAGCAACAGGUGAACCAUUAAUCAGUCGAAAGGAUCAACAGCGACAUUAUGAACUAUUUUACGGUAAAACUGAUGAUGGAGGACAAACUUGGUCAUGGAUAACACUGACAAGUGAUUCAACUGCUGAUAAUCUGCGUCCAAUGCGACCAAAAUGUGUAAAUAAGAGCGAUCCGAAUCCGUAUCGUGCAUUGGUAUGGCUACGAGGAAAAUAUCUGGCAUAUACAGAUUAUUUACAAGAAGUUGUUGGACGAGUAUGGACAGUAGAUCCUAGCAGGGAUAUUUACUAG